CAUAAAUGAUACAUAACAAGUGCGUCUCAGAAAACAGCCACAUCAUGAUAUCGCUGUACUUUGACUUCACAGUGAAAGAGGAAAUCCCAGUUUGACACUGAAGUCUGACAACACUUCAACAAGUGCACUUCCUCAUAUGUGUGUGUUUCACAGCAGGCACGCCGUUGCCCACACUGUGUGCGAAAGAAUAAUGUAAUCCAUGUUUUAGCAAAGAACACAUUCAAGCAGAUGACAUUACGGUACGUUUGGAUCCACUUGAUGAAUAAUCACUUUGAGCAGCUCAGACAUGGAUACAACAUCACAGCACGCACACGGGAGCACAGUGCAGCCGCUGUCCCGAAAUUGGAGGAGGAGCUUCAGCAUGUCAUCAUUACGCAUUAAAAAAAGGAACAACAGUAUCGAAGAAGGUGGAGUCUCACAGCAGAGAGGUGCAUGGUCCUUUUCAUCAGCUAGAGAGUUCUCAAGAAAAGAGAAAUUCUCAGAUGGAGCUGCUGCCUCACAGUUGCACAGCAUUCCGGUCCAAAUGAAUAAAACAGGUGAACAGCCCAAAAGUAACUUGAUCUCGGAUGUUGCUGGCACCAUCCCAAGUGAAGAUGGGAGUGGACGACCAAAAGCACUCAAGAGGCUCAGUGCUAUGUGGUCUUCUUUCCGCAAAGGCAAAAGAGAUAGAGUGAAAGAGCAAGAUCCUCCAGAGCCACUGGGCCCAACAGGGGAAGACAAAUCUACUAGGCAACGACGUUUUGUCAGUGGUCAGUACUUUUUCGAGUACCUAGUGGUGGUCAGCCUCAAGAAGAACAAAGAUGGCAACAGCUAUGAGCCUCAGAUCACCUACCAGUUCCCUAAGAGGGAUGGAAUGGCCAAAUUUCAAAAGGAGGAAGAGGAGCGAACACUCAAGGCGAUCACGCUCUUCUGCUUCCCAGAAGGUAUCAAAUGGGCCCCUUUGACCGAAUAUCACAGUGAGACCUUCUCCUUUGUGUUGACGGAGAUUGACGGCAGCCGAAGAAAUGGAUACUGCAGGCGUCUUCUGCCUGGUGGGAAGGGGGCUCGUCCCCCAGAGGCGUACUGUAUCAUCAGCAGCUUGGCUUGUUUUGGCCUGUUUUCAGAGAUAUUUGAUGAGGUUGAGAAGAGGCGGCAGAUCUCCAUGGCUAUGAUUUACCCAUUCAUGCAGAAAUUGCGGGAGGCUCCAUUCCCAGCUCCAGGAAACACUGUGGAGAUUAAAAGCUUCAUUCCUGAGUCGGGCACUGAGAUUAUAAGACUGACGCGGCCAUUAGAUUCCUGGCUGGAACACGUCAACUUUGAAGUGCUGUUCAGCUGCCUUACAGAUGACGAGGUGCUACUGGUGUUUGCGGCCGCAGUCCUUGAGAGACGGAUCAUUUUCAUUGCCGAUGAGUUGGGCACGUUAUCCCAGGUCAUACAUGCGGUAGCAGCCCUUCUUUAUCCUUUUACCUGGCAGCACACUUUUAUCUCAAUCGUUCCAGAGAUUUUAAUCGAUGUUGUGAUGGCACCCACUCCAUACCUGCUUGGAGUACAGAAACACCUGCUUGACCUUGUCACCGACCAAAGCGAUCUACUGAUUGUGGAUUUAUCAGAGAACAAAAAGGAAACCUUCAUUGUUUCUAUCGGCGAUGAGCACUCUAUUCUUCCCCCAAAACUGCUCAGUGAAAUCCGAGAGGCACUCGGUCAGAGAAAGAAAGCCUCAUCGACAGAAGAUCUGAACCGUGUUGUGUCGGAGGCCUUCCUGCUGUUUUUUGUGAAAACAGUCGGUCAUUAUAUGUCCUACGUGAAAUGCAGUCACACCGGAGAGCAGAGGGUGUUUGAGAAAAGGAGCUUCUACAAAGCCAUCGAGUCAAAGACCACGCGACACUUUGUCAAAAAGUUCAUCCAGACUCAGAUGUUUGAUCUCUUCAUCCAGGAGGUGGAGCAACAGCAGACAGGACCACAGCAGGGAAUAUUUCACAAAAAGAUUGUGGAAUACCAGGAAAAGAAGAAAAAGGAAAAGAGCAAGAAACACUAGUUUGUCGCAUUGAAUGUAUAUACUGUAAUUGAAUACCUAGAUAAUGAAUGUUGCACUGUUGUUUUUACUUGUCAUUUUCUGUUAAAUAUUUUAUUUUGCAAAGUGACAAAUUGUAUUGCUGCUACUUUGUCAAAACACUGGUUUACAGUUUAUUACUGGUGAGCAGGAAAUCAUUUCAAUUAAAUAAAGACUAGUUUUUCAAGUCCAUCUGCAUACAGUCUAUUAGUAUGCAACCCUCAAUGUUU